GUCAGCUGUACAAUUAAUUGACAGCUGCCGCAGCCUGCUUCACAGCUGUUAUUAUUUUUCUGGUUCCAAAAUCAGAGCAAAGAAAGUUGGUUUCUUUGAGUAUUGAGAAUAUUCCAUUAAUAAACAUAAUAAACUAGAAGAGUGAAUCACAGAGCUACACAGCUAGUGUUAAUAAUGUUGCCAUUGGCACAGUGUCCCUUUUCAUCCAGUGAAAAAAAGUUUUAGAUGAUUCAAUUGAAACUUGCAAAAUUUGGUGGAAUACUGACAUCGAACAAGUACUUCCAAUACAGUGAGAUAGUUAGUUACAAUGACGUCUGUCGACUCCGGUGUUGAAACUGGAAACGAUUCUAAUGACAGUUCCGUUACCCAUGAGAAUAACAUCACUGCAAACAGCAACACUACUGCAGUGGCUGUUACAGCAAGUAUUAAUAACACUAACAAUGGAAAUCUCAGUGGCACAGACGUUGGUUCUUCGAGACCCUUAGGGAUACCCAUUACCUCGAUUUGUCCCAGCCUAACUGGUCUCUCCGAUGAGCAGGGCGCAUCUCUUCCUAGCACAUCUGGACGUCUAGUUUUGAAUCCUCAUGCUGAGCCACCGAAGCUUCUGGCAUGGUUCCGUGUCCCAAGUAUAGAACUGUGGAGACAUGAUGACGAGACGAGUAAUCACCUAGCAAAGAGCUUAAAAAUGCGAUCAGCAAUGCGGAAAAAAAUCAGACUAUAUGACCCACCGGGUAGCUACAGACACAGAAGAUGUUGGCUACCUCCCCUUGAAGGGCCUCUGAAUGAACGAAAAAUGAGACUUGCCGCUGCCACAAAUAACAUUGAAAUGAUCAGUCGGAUACUUGCGAACGGAGUGUCCCCUAAUAAUCGCGACGACCAGGGGAGAUCACCGCUACAUAUAGCAGCCUCCAGGGGUUACACAGAAGUAGUUCGUCUGUUAUUGGAGCAUGGGGCAGAUCCAAACCAGCGUGAUUGUUUGGGAAAUACACCCUUACACUUGGCGGUUGUGACGAGUAAGAUAGCAGUAGUAACUCUUUUGUUAAAAGCAGGUACAGACGUUCUGUCAUUGGACCAGCACGGGCAUAAUCCACUCCAAUUAGCGCAAACGAAAUUGAAAUUGUUGCAGAAUUAUGAAUGUUCAGAUAUGAAUAGAGUCAAAGAAGAGGUGCAUAACGUUAUCGGAAUGCUUUUAGCUUAUCUACAGAGGCAAAAAGACGCCCGAGAACAAGUUGAAGCUUUAAGCACCUUUUGCUCGCGCUUAUCUCUUUCUAACACUUCCGACCAGAUUCAGGGUGAUGUUAGAGACUUAUUGGCUAACAUAGACUCGCUUAGUCUAGCCAGUUAGGUUUAUCACAACGUGAAUAUAAUAACGUGGAAUCAAACAAGGUCUUAUCGAUAAGGAUCUACGUGAGUUUAUUGUUAUUAAUAUUAUAACGGUUGAGACUGUCAGAUGAAAUUAAAAUGCCGUCGAUGCUAAAUGUGAUCAAAUAAACUAUUAUAUCGACUUUUAGUUAGUCCAAGUUAUUGUCCAUGGACCUGAGAUUUAUGGUUGAAGUCUUGGAAAGGAGAAAAAAAAUUGGAUUGAUCAGAAAGUUAUGUAUGAGUUUGAAAGAAUUAUUGUAGCGACGGCAAGAUUGCUGGCCAACUAGAUUAUAUGGAUUUAAAAUUUAUAAUUUAGGAUACUUUUUACUGCCAAUACUUAAUUGGUGGCAAAUUUUUCAACGUAUCAAAUAAUUGAUGCAAAAUAAUCAUCACUUUUUUUCAAUAUAACACUAUUCAACAAAAAUUGAUAACGUUUUAGGAUUUGCCAUCUCAGGCGAGAGACCCGACUGAAUUUCUGUAAAUUGUUGUACAAACUGAUACACAAUUCUAGGUGAGAAAAAAUAGAAAUGGAUGAGAAUAAUUCACAAUGUUGAACUCAAAAUAAGGAGUAACGAGGAUAGAAAUAUAGAUAGAAAAUCAUAUAAUCCAGCACAAUCAUGUAUGUUUUUGGAUUAAAUUUCAAAUCGGUUAAGAGUCCAAAAAUCACUAUGUGAACUACUCCCAUGUGGUUAGUGCUAACUUUUGUUAUCGAAUACUUCGUGCCCUUGCUGCUUUUCAACCGCAAAUAUUUUUUCCCUACCUAUCCGAUGCUUUGAAUUCACCAAUGUCGGUCUAAUUUACAGUGUAGUGUAAAGUGAUAAGUCUUCAAUUUUACUUGUUGGGGAAAAACACCUAGGAGGACAUAAUUUUUAUGAAAUGGUCAAAGGUUUUUAGACUUACCGCAGCUAUUUGUUGUAACAUGUGUAGUUCUAUCAUAAAAUUAAUUAACCCUUCACCCCGCAUUGUUUAAAAGUGAACAAUGAUGCAGAUCGCAGCGGAACGAAGGGUUAAAAUGUUGAUCAACAAUUUUUAAAAUAAUCAACUGGGACGCCUAGCUACCGUUCAUUGAUUUAUUCUAUUUGAAGAUUGUUUUUUUUUGCAGCAUAGAAUGUUCAUAGAAAAACUUAAGGUUUCUGCUCAUUUCAUAGGGUGAUAUGUACUAUAAUAUCUUGUCCUACAAACACGUCAUUGUAUGUAUAAUGAUCCUAAAUAUCGUAAUUAUCAUCACUAUACACUACCAUUAUUAUAACAUAUUAAUAUGAAUAAAAAUAUUAUUAUCUUA